CACACACUUCUCACUUAAGAAAAUGGAGAAGAACACUUUACACACUUACAAACUUGUGCUUCUGUGCGCAUGUUCUUUGGUUCUAUUUCUUAACACGGAGCUGAGUUUUCUUGCAUCUGCAAAAACCCUAGACAAUGAUAGCAAGGUUUAUAUAGUUUACCUUGGCGAAAGAGUACACGAUGAUCCCGAACUCGUUACGGCUUCUCAUCAUGAAAUGCUUGAAUCACUUCUUGAGAGCAAAGAAGACGCACAUAACUCAAUGAUCUACAGCUAUCAACAUGGAUUCUCCGGUUUCGCAGCACUUCUUACAUCUACACAAGCAAAUAAAAUCUCAGAGCAUCCAGAAGUAAUCCAUGUUAUACCAAACCGGAUUCUGAAACUGCAAACCACAAGAACUUGGGACCACCUUGGCCUCUCUCAAAUUUCAACUCCUUUUUCUUCCUCUUCAUCGACAUCUGUAAAAGGUCUUCUUCAUGACACCAACAUGGGCAGUGAAGCUAUCAUCGGCGUCAUAGAUACCGGAAUAUGGCCAGAGUCAAAGGUAUUCAACGAUCAAGGCCUUGGACCAAUACCUAAGCGCUGGAGAGGAAAAUGUGUAUCAGGAGAAAAAUUUAACGCCACAAUUCAUUGCAACAAAAAACUAAUAGGAGCUAAGUACUACGUAAGCGGCCUACUCGCCGAGAUGGGAGGAAAAUUCAACCGAACCAUAAUCCAAGAUUUCAAAUCCAGCAGAGAUGUAAUCGGUCACGGCACGCAUACAGCCACAAUAACCGGAGGCUCAUUCGUCUCCAAUGCAAGCUACUAUGGUCUAGCCCAAGGCACAGUCCGAUGUGGUGCUCCUAAGGCCCGAAUAGCCGCAUACAAGGCGUGUUGGAACGGAGUAGAACAUGCUGGAGGGUGUACAACUGCUGAUAUGUGGAAGGCUUUUGAUGAUGCUAUACACGAUGGGGUUGAUGUUUUGUCUGUUUCUAUUGGCGGGGGUAUUCCAGAGGAUUCAGAGGUUGAUAAGCUCGACUAUAUCGCGGCUUUUCACACGGUGACAAAAGGGAUUCCGGUUGUUGCUGCGGCAGGUAACGAAGGCCCUGCUGCUCAGACUGUUGUCAAUGUUGCUCCAUGGCUUUUGACCGUUGCUGCUACUACUCUUGACCGGUCUUUUCCUACCAAGAUCACUCUUGGGAAUAAUCAAACCUUCUUGGCUGAAUCUCUGUACACUGGACCGGAGAUUUCAACCGGUUUAGCCUUCCUGGACUCAAACAGUGAUGAUAAUGUUGAUGUGAAGGGGAAAACAGUUCUUGUUUUCGAUAGUAUACGUACCACUCCAAUUAGAUUGAAAGGUGUAGCAGGAGUCAUCUUUGCCCAAAAGCCUGACGAUCUACUUCAACGGUGCCAUUCUUUUAAGUGCAUUUUUGCAGAUUACGAGCUUGGAACCGACAUUUUACAAUACAUACGUACCACCAGAUCUCCUACGGUGAGAAUAAACUCGGCUACGACAUUAACAGGUUUGCCUGCAACUACAAAGGUUGCUGCAUUCUCAUGUAGAGGGCCUAACUCAGUUUCACCAGCCAUUCUCAAGCCUGAUAUAGCAGCUCCUGGUGUGAGCAUACUCGCUGCAUUAAGUCCAUUUGAUUCUAGACAACAUGAUGGAUUUGGACUAGAUACAGGGACAUCCAUGUCGACUCCUGUUGUUUCUGGAAUCAUAGCUCUCCUCAAGUCUCUGCACCCUAACUGGUCUCCUGCCGCAGUUAGAUCAGCUUUGGUCACAACAGCUUGGAGGACAAGUCCAUCUGGAGAGCCCAUUUUUGCUGAAGGAUCAAACAAGAAGCUUGCAGAUCCAUUUGACUAUGGAGGAGGUCUUGUAAACCCUCAAAGAGCUUCAAAACCAGGACUUGUCUACGCUAUGGGGAUUCAAGAUUACAUCAACUAUAUGUGUUCUGCUGGUUACAACGAUUCCUCAAUUUCUGGAAUGGUCGGUAUAAUUACCAAGUGUCCAAAUCCUAAGCCAUCAAUUCUUGAUAUGAACUUACCUUCAAUCACAAUUCCAAAUAUUGAAAAAGAAGUCACACUCACAAGAACUGUGACCAAUGUUGGACCCAUCAAGUCAGUCUACAAAGCUGUGAUCGAGUCUCCACUCGGCAUAACUCUCACCGUCACACCGAACACACUCGUGUUUAGCUCUGCAGCUAAGAGAGUGCUCACUUUCAAGGUGAAGGCUAAAACGAGCCAUAAAGUCAACACUGGUUACUUCUUUGGAAGCUUGACAUGGACUGAUGGUGUUCAUGAUGUUAAGAUCCCUGUCUCUGUUCAGACAAAGAUUAUGAUCAAGGCUUAGCAAAGAAACUCAAAAUUAUCUGAAUAAUAAGCGAUUUCGAUCGACUCAAUGUAUUAAAAAAAGAGCCAUGCGAUGCUCAUGGCUUUGUUCUUAAUUAUGAAGUUUGUUGCAAAUUUCAA